AUUUAAUGAAUUAACUAGAGGAUGGAGAAGUUCCCACAAAUAAUGAACCCAAAAAAAAUGGAGCAUCAAUUUACUCUUCCACUUAUAGAACAAAAGUUUGUGAGCAUUUCAAAAAAGGCUCCUGCAUUAAAGGCAAUAAAUGUUCAUAUAUGCAUCCCAAAGAGUUAUAGAAUGUUACUCGCAUUUGCAAGUAUUACUUAGGGCAAGGGUGUUAGAAUUAAUAAUAAUGCUAAUAUUCUCAUGAUUUGUCAAAAUACCAAUGUAAAUUCUUUUUUGCAAUGAGUAAUUGCAAAGGAUAGAAUUGUCGCUUUUCACAUGAUCUUUGGGAAAAUGAAAUUGCCAAGCAACAAUGGGCAGCAGACAAUGAUUAAUUUUUAAGAGAUUGCUACCAAAGAAGAGUAAAUUUUAAUUUUAUUUAUUAAUAGGGUACUACUGGUUUAGGAGCAGCUUAUGAUGAAUAAUACAAAAUGAAAGUUUUUGAACAAUAAAAAGCCAAUCCAAGUAUUUCAUUAUUUUAUAUUCUUUAAAGAUCAGAGAAGCUACCCCUUUUAUACUAAUAAUUAUAUGCCUCAAUAAUCAUAAAUGCAAAUGAAUAUUUUAUAGCAAAUAUCUCCAUAAAUCCCUUAAGGAAGAACCAAAUUACCCAUCAAUAAUGACUUGGAUCCAAUAAGCGAUGAAGAGCAGUAAGAAGAAAUUAACAAGAUGCCAAAGCUAAACAUCUAUGAACAACAAAACCCAUACUAAAUGCUCUAAAAUAAUAUUGCCACCAUUCCUCAACACUCACCCUUUUAAAUUAAUCCUUAAUUCCUUCAAUAGAGAAUACCGAUCAAUCAGUAAAAUCAAUUUAUGUAUCCUCCGCCAGUCCUUCCAAACUAAUAACAACAAUAAAUGUUUUAAUAGUAAUAAUAAGCAUUUCAAUCAAUGAAAUAUUAUCAGUAAUAGACUUAAAAUAAUAUGUUAAUUAAUUAAUAUCACCAAUAGCAAGCAUAUUAACUUUAACCAUAAUAACCUCUUAUUGAGGACCAAAAAGAAUAACUAUUAUAAUAAUAAUCACAAUAACAAUAACAAAUAAUCUAAUAAUAAAAGUAAUAAUAAUUAUAAUAGUUAUAAUAAUAACAAAUUUAAUAAUAACAUUAAUAGUAAUAAUUUUUACAAUAGCAACAGCAACAGCUACAACAACCAUAAUAGCCACAAUAAUAAUAACAAUAAUAAUAAUAAUAAUAAUAAUAAUAAUAAUAAUAGCCUUAAUAAUAAUUUGAAUAAUAAACUAUUAAUGGAAAGCAAGAAAAUAAAGAAAAAUUCGAAUCUAAAUAACAAUAGAAGAAAUCCUUAGAAAAACAAUAGAAGAAAAUUAAAAAAAAAAAAUAAUAAAGGUUUAAGAAUAAAAAGAAAAGAGAAACUAUUAAAUAGAUUAAAGAUAGAUUAAAAAAAUAAAAAAGUAAAAUAAAAACUAUCCAAAUUCCUCCAGAAAUGCCUGCCGAUAGCUAUAAAGUUGGAACAAUCAGCAAACAUCUUGGAAUAACUAUACGAAAGCCUGUACUCUAGUAUUUCUUAGGUUUCUGA